AACUGACAUAUGAAGACAGCCAUUUUGUCCUGCAGCCUGUCAGGCCGGUGACUUGGAAAGGAAUAAUUUACGAAUUAUUCCCUUUCACCAAGACUAAACGUCCCAGAAUUGUGUUAAUGAAGUGAAAAGUGCAGUGUAAAUCAUGGCGCGAUACGGUCAAAGACCGGAAAAUGCCCUCAAACGGGCCAAUGAGUUUAUGGACCUGAACAAGCCCGCUCGGGCGCUGGACACCUUGCAAGAGGUGUUCCGCAACAAGAAAUGGGCUUACAACUGGUCGGAGUCGGUGCUGGAGCCCAUUAUGUUCAAGUACCUGGAACUGUGUGUGGACCUCCGCAAGUCGCACAUCGCGAAAGAAGGCCUGUUCCAGUACCGGAACAUGUUCCAGUCGGUGAACGUUGGAUCUUUGGAACAAGUCAUUAGAGGCUAUUUACGAAUGGCAGAAGAGAGAACGGAGGCCGCCCGGGCGCAAUCCACACAGGCUGUCAUCGACACUGAUGAUCUUGACAACCUUGCUACACCUGAGAGCAUCCUACUAAGUGCCGUGUCCGGGGAGGAUGCGCAGGACCGCUCUGACAGGACUAUACUUACUCCAUGGGUGAAAUUCCUCUGGGAGUCCUACUGCCAAUGCUUGGAGCUGCUCCGUACGAACGCGCACGUGGAAACCCUAUACCAUGACAUCGCGCGUAUGGCCUUCCAGUUCUGCCUGAAGUACUCUCGCAAGACUGAGUUCAGGAAGCUCUGUGACAAGCUGAGGAAGCAUUUGGAGGAUAUCUGCAAGCCCACUGUGCAAACCGGCAAUGUGAGCAUCUCCAAGCCGGAGACUCAGCAGCUCAACCUGGAAACCAGGCUGUUCCAGCUGGACAGCGCCAUUCAGAUGGAGCUUUGGCAGGCAACCUACAAGGCAAUUGAGGACAUACACAGCCUCAUGAACAUGUCCAAGAAGACCCCUGUGGCCAAGACCAUGGCCAACUACUACGGCAAGCUAGCCCUGGUCUUCUGGAAGGCCGGCCAUUGUCUGUUCCAUGCUGCAGCUCUACUAAAGCUUUUCCAGCUGUCUCGAGAGAUGAAGAAGAACAUCACCCAGGAGGAGCUGCAGAAAAUGGCGUGCCGCGUGCUGGUGGCCGUGCUGUCGGUGCCACUGCCCUCGCUGCACCCGGAGUUCGACCGCUUCGUGGAGACGGACAAGAGUCCCGUCGAGAAGGCGCAGCGCCUCGCCGUGCUGCUCGGCCUUGCCCAGCCGCCCACCAGGACCAGCCUGCUUAAAGAUGUGGUCCGUCUCAACGUGGUGGGACUGGCGUCUCCGCAGCUCCAGCAGCUGUAUGCUUGGCUCGAGGUCGAGUUCGAUCCUCUGACCAUCUGCCACAACGUCAAGGGAGUCAUCAAGGCCCUGCAGGAGGAGCCCAACUCGCCACUGGUGCAAUACACGAACGCCCUAAACGACGUAGCGCUAGUGCGGCUCGUCCGCCAAGUGGCCCAGUGCUACGCCUGCGUCCAGUUCCCGCGCCUGCUGCAGCUGGCCGCCACCGACGACCUGUUCCACCUGGAGCGCCUGCUGGUGGACUGCGUGCGCCACAACGACAUGCAGAUCCGCGUCGACCACGCCAACAAGUGCGUGCACUUCGGCGUGGAAGCCGGUGGCGGCGAGUGGUGCUCGGCCGCCGACGAGGCCUGCGGCGGCGCCAUCCUGCAGGCCACGCCCGCUGAGGAGGUCCGCGAGCAACUAGUCCGCGCCGCCGAAGUGCUGUCCCGCGCCGUACAGACGCUCUUCCCCGCGCGACGCCGUGCCGAGCGCGAGCGUGCGCGCGCACACAUGGUGCAGCACUACCACGAGCACAAGCACGCCGAGCACCAGCGCGUGCUGCAGCGGCACAAGAUCAUCGAGGAGCGCAAGGAGUACAUCGAGCGGCUCAACACCGUGCGCGAGGAGGAGGAGCUCAGGCGCCAAGAGGAGCAGCUCCGCAUCGCCGCGGCGGCCGAGGCGCGGCGCCAGGAGGCGGAGCGCGAGGAGCGCGAGAAGCGCCGCCACGCCUCGGAGCUGGCCGCCGUGCGCGAGCGGCAUCUGCGCGAGAGGAUCGCGCACAUCUCGCAGAGCGACGUCGGCAAGCGCGUGCUGUCCAAGCUUGAUGAAGAGGUGCUGAAGAAAAUGGACGCGGAAGCGAUCGCCCAACGCGAGGCUGAAGAGUUAAUGAAGGAGCGCCGCGAGCUGCAGGCCAGGCUCAAGUCUCAGGAGAAAAAGGUGGACUAUUUCGAGCGCGCCAAACGGCUGGAGGAGAUCCCUCUGCUGCAGAAGAGUUUAGAAGAGAAGCAGGUCCAGGACAAGGCCUUCUGGGAGCAGCAGGAGAAGGAACGCAUACAACAACUUAUCGAGGCGCGCACCCGCGACGUGGCCACGGCCGAGCGGCUGUCGCGCAUGCACGCGCACCGCGACGAGUUCGUGUCGCGGCUGUCGGCCGAGCGCGGCGCCGCGCACCAGCAGCGCCUCAAGGCCUUCGCCGACAAGCUCGCCGCCGAGCGCGCCAAGCGCCGCCGGGAGCGAGCGCAGCAGCGCGCCGAGCAGCGCCGGCAGGAGUGGUUGGCAGAGAAGCGUCUCGCAGAGGAGCGCGCGGCGGAGGAGGCGCGCCGCAUCAAGGAGGAGGAGGAGCGCAAAGAACGAGAGGAGAGGGAGAGGAAGCUGGCGGAGGAGCAGGCCGCCGCCCGCGAAGAGAAAGAGAAGAAGGAGAGGGAACACCAAGAAUACCUAGCCCGCGUGGAGGCCAAGGCCCGCGCCAAGGAGGCCGAGGUGCAGCGCCGCCUCGAGGAGCAGCGCGCCGCCGCCGCCUCCUCCUCCUCCUCCUCCUGGCGGCGCGGCGACCCCCCGCCCGCGGCCGCGCCCCGCGACAAGGACGGCAAGCCCGACGACAAGGACAGCGCCUGGAGGAGCAAGGGAGACGCCAAGGAUGACAAGAAGGCGGAGCCGUGGCGCCCAGCGCGCGCGCGCUCGCCCGGCGCGCGCUCCCCCGAGCGCCGCGCCGCGCCCGCCCGGGACGACAGGGACAGACGCGACGAGCGUGGUCCCCCGCGCGACGAAGGCGCCUGGCGGUCGGCUCGCGACGCACGCGACACGCGCGACACUCGCGAGCCGCGUGACACCCGGGACGUACGCGAGCCGCGUGACGCGAGGGAACCGAGGGACUCCAGGGACACAAGGGAACCGGAACGCGACAGGCCGCGCUACGGCGGGCGCUCCAGCGGGCCCGGCGCCGACGGCGGCAGCUGGCGCCGCGCACCCGCCGACCCCCCACCAGCUCCUUCCCAGGAACGAUCAUCAGCCUGGCGUACUAAAGACGCACCACCUCGCGAGGACCGCUACCGCGACGCCCCGCGUGGCGACCGCGACGGCCCGCGCGACCGUGACGGGCUCCGCGACCGCGACGGCUUCCGCGACCGCGGCGGCGACCGCGACCGCUUCCCGCCGCGCCGCGACGAUGGACCCCGCGAUCGCGACGGCCCGCGACGUGACGACCGAGAUGGACCCCGGGACCGUGAUGGACCGAGACGGGAUGAUCGCGACGGGCCGCGGCGAGAGGAUCGCGACGGACCGCGACGUGACGACAGGGAUAGACGCCCGCCGCCGCCUCGUCGUGAGGAGAAACCCCGCGACCCCGACGGUGACGACUGGCAACCGGUCACACGCCGCUAAACGCACCCAAGGGUUCAGUAUCACCCGAGACCACUUUGCAAACUCUACCCUGUUGUGUACGGUACUAGGUUGAAUAUUGUAUAACUGUCUAAAUUUACAUUCGCCGAUAGUUUUGGCUCUAUAGUGUUGUGAUUGCUUUAAUAUUCAUGAUUUUUGUAUUAUUUUCACAUGUUUAGAUGAUUUCACAUUAGAACGUAUCGUACACCGCCAGUGUUACAGUGUAAAAUACACGCACAUGCAUUACAAUAGAGUCCAUAUUCGUAACGUAAAAUGGCGUCUUUCUACUUCGGUGCUGGCGCCAUCAGUAAGCUUGUAAAGUGUUGUGAGGCUUUAAGCCUUGUCUCUUGUACACCUCUCUUAUGUAAUAAAACUAAUAAAGAACAGAUAAAUGAGAUAUAUAAUUAUCUCUUAGUGAUAAAUGGCGGCAUUUGCCAAUACACUUAAAAUAAACAUUAAACACGCAUUUAUGUCACGUUCGCUACGUGCGUGUUAAAGAAACAUGGUUCAAAUGUUUUUAUAUAAAUAAUAAAAGGGGUAACUUCAUAUGAAUAAAAGUCGUACAGAUGUAGUGCAUCAUUAUUUUGCUUCGUAUCUUCACGGAGAUGUACGAACGUGUCUUGUUAUUUCAGUCAGUCUCGGUACAAAAAGUACUGAAGUUGACUGAAGUACCAUGACAAAUACGAACUUUCCGAGAAAAAUCGAAGGAAAACAAUUAUGCACUACAUCUGUAUUGACUUGGCUUUAACCCUCACAACGCUAUUGCCAAUCCAAGUGGUUGUUAAAGGUCUCAUACUGAACCCCUUUUUCAUGUAAUCCGAUUCAGACUUAUGUUUAAUUGUAUCAAUGCUUUUACUAACGAUGUAAUAAACAUUACGUUGACGUGUUUGGGCAUA